UUGGCGAGCGCUUCGGAUGGACGAGGAAGACGGCGGCGAAAUUUUCUCGGGGCGAGGGCGGAUCAUCGGCCUGGAUCUGAGCCGGCUUUAUUUAGGUCGCCGUCCAUCUAUAUCCCUCUCUCUUCCCUUAGCCCGCAAAGUCGAUGGUUGGUGGUUGGUGGUUGGUGGUGAGCAAGUUAUUAGAGCAGGAUGACUCGUGACUUUUCU